AUCCACCAAACAUGACGUCCACAACGACCCGCAGCCCAUUGGGGCUUGCAUUGAAUCUGAAUGAAUUCACUAAUGUCGUCUUUUCAACUUAUAGCCCCACCGGAGGGGUCCAAUCGAUUUGAGACCUUCCUUCCCUAUCGGUGACGAAGCUACAGCUACAUUCACAGCAACCGCUUAAUUUCGCCCCGAUCGAUUUAAAGAUUGCAGUAUCUAAAUUGAUACUUUAGAUACCUGUUGAAGACGAGGAGAAUCACGAGAAAAAGACGCGUUACUACCAACAUCCUGAACGCGUUUGAAGGCCAGUUGAACGAUCGUCCAGCCCGAAUAGCUUCGAUACUUUUGCUUUUCUCACCGGAAUUCCAAACCCCACUUCGAAAAUACAAAAACGUUAACACGACCUGUUUCCAAUUCCGCCGCAAAGAUGCUAUUUGAAUACCUAGCUACCGAGCUGGUCCUCCAGGUUUUCUUUUCCUGCAACUCCGUCACCGAUGUACUCGCGCUCUCCACCACCUGCCACCGGUUCCGUAACAUAUACACGUCCUCCCAGAAACUCGCCAUCCUCGAAAAGGCCGCCGAAACACAGUUUGGGCCCCUGCAAGACAUCACGCAACUCCUAACGCAUAACGCCAGCCAACCCGCCCAUAUCAUCCGCCCAGUCCCCUUCUCGGCCGCCUUGUUGAAGCAAAUAGUACGAUCCGGUCGCGUCGCUGAGAAAUGGUGCGACAUAUACCCGUUCAAGAAAUGGAAGCACAACUACGAAAGCCGCCGUCUCCUAACGAAUGAGGAACGGUAUCGUCUCAGAAGGGCCAUCUACCGCCUAUGGCUCUACUCGCGCGCCUUCCACAACCCAGACCACUCACGCGAACUCCGAGCCACGAGACCCGUCCUCCUCAAACGUGCCGCCCUUCUACACAACUGGAACACAUGGGAGCUCGCCGAGAUCGCAGACGUCCAAGCCGUGAUCCGCGACGUGGUACAGAGCAACAUCUGCCCCUCAAACGGCACCAUUGCCCGCAAAUUCAAGAAACGACAUCCAGGCCAGGAACACUCCCUGCUCUUCAACAUGCACCUAAACUACCCUCCAUCCGCGCCAUCAAUCCACAAUCCCUUCGCCGCUCCAAACAUCCUCUCCUCGCACUUCAACACAUCAACAUACACCUCCCGCUACGGCCCCUCCAAAUACAGCACCCAUCCAAACCACGAAGUGGGUGCCGAGGGCUGGGGCGACGACAUCUCGCACUACUACGUCAUUGAAGAUGCGCUGAAACUGGACCCGGAGCAGAUUCUGUGGCUUAAGGAGAAUGCGCCGCUGAAGGGCAUGGUGGAGAGUUAUGUGAGGAGUCUGGGCGAUUACUGGUUUGAGAAUAACGGCGAGACGUGGGGGCAGACGCUGGAAUGGGUGCUGGAUGAGCGGGGGGAGGAUGUUUGUGUGUUUCGCGAGGGGAUUGUGGACGGGGAGUUGGGGGUUGCUGUUUGUUAG